AUGUCACAGUACCGUGACCUAAGUGGGGGUUCUAGAAAAAUGGCCAUCUCAUACGCAAGUGGUCUCCCGGCUGAUCACAGCCAAGCCCUUCCUUCAUUUCGUGAGCUACUCCCGCCUCACCUACAUGAGGAGAUCGAGUCGACUUCAUACUACACCUCUUCCCGUCAGCAAUCGCGCGAACGCCCGGCAUCAGCACACGAUGUGACAUCCAACCCUCGCCCUCCAUAUGCUGCCACCUUGAAAAUGGGCGAGCAUCAUCGAGAUUAUUCGGUGGCCGCAUCCGCAGCCAGACCUGGCGAAUCCCAUCCCCGCGACCAUGUACAGGUCCCUGGACGGUUACCGGGAACCUCCACCCAGGCCAAUACCACGCCCCGAUAUCCUUCUCGUGGGCCCAGUCCGAUUCUACCCCCAAUCCGUGAUCUUCAGUCAUAUCCUCCCGAACGCGGGAUGGGGGGCGGUGCCUCGAGUGCGAGUGUAUUCCCGGAAUCCAGGGGGAUUUCGCGGCCAGAGUAUGUGCCAGUUGGUACUCAUGGUGGAUUCCCGGCCCCGCCGUCAAAUAUGCCACCGGCUCCGUUGGCCGACAGACGCAGCGCCGAUGCUUACAUGACCGGUAACGUGCCGCCAGUGAUGCAUAAUCAGGUUGCAUACCCUUAUCCAGGGAUGGCCUACCAGAGCGACUCCGAGCAGACGUCCCCGCAGGCCCUGGCGCAUGCGCAACAGUCGAACUUUGGUAUCCUAGGCGACCCGAUAGAUCCCAAGAACAAGCGCAGGCGCGGAAACCUCCCCAAGCCGGUGACCGACAUUCUCCGGGCUUGGUUUCACGAGCAUCUCGACCAUCCUUACCCGAGCGAAGAGGACAAGCAGAUGUUCAUGACGCGUACCGGGCUUACAAUCAGCCAGAUCAGUAAUUGGUUUAUUAAUGCGAGAAGGCGACAACUCCCCGCUCUUCGAAAUCAGAUGCGAAACGGCGGAAACGAUCACGACUCCCAGCGACAUUCUCCCCUGAGCGAUUUGGAGCAAACCUCUUCCGAGACUAUGCCAUCGCCCCACCGAAUGAAGCAUUGA